AUGUCGAACUCCAACGUCAAUGUGGACGACUUAAUUAAAUAUCAGCAUAUCGCAAAGGAGCUACUUAUCAAAUUUGGCACUCUGGAAAAUUCAGAAUUAGUAAAAGAAAAAAUCAUAAUCGUAAUUAUAAUCCUACAGGCGCUAAGAAUAAUAAUAAUUAUUUUAACCACAAUCAUUUUGCAUAAAUAA